UUGAAAAGCAUUUUAAAGUCAUUUUAAAAUGCGAGUGCAAAGUGAAAAUGAUUUUAAAAUUUGAAAGCUGCCCAUCGCUGCCAUAGUAUCCCUGCAUGCAUUGCGUUAUGGCUGAGUACAGCUGCGCAUGCGUAAGAAAGCUCAAUCUUCAAGCGUGGUGAGCAGACGAUUCAACCGCAAAAGUUAAGAUGGCGGAGCAAGCUGAAUGGAAGAACAAUAAUGAAUUGAGGCAAGACUUACAGAAGUACGUAAGCCAAUCGCUAAAAAGACGCAAAAUACUAUGUUUUGUAGAAAGAGACCAUCAGAGGUACGCGUGGAGUAUACGUUCUUUGGAUAGACACCUCCGUUACUUUGGAAUAUAUUAUAGUGACAUGACAGUAAGGGUCGAUGAUGUAAAGGGGGCAGUCGGGAAGGAACUUGGUGGGCCCGGUGGCCAACUUGGAUAUCGUGCAAUGCAGCGUAAAAUAAGACAAGAGCAUGGGUUAAAUGUUCCUAGAAACUUGGUUCAUGCGGUUAUGCAUGAAUUGGACGGUCCGCGUUUAGGAAAGUCGGAGAAAAGAAGAAGCAGAAGAAGGGCAACUUUACAUCCAGGGGUGCAAAUUUUGUGCACUCUGUUGACGGACACAACAAACUCAUGGGCUAUCAAAAUAGCACUUUUCUACUAGCUGUAUAUGGCUGCAUAGACACUGCAAGCAGAAAAAUACUUUGGCUUAAAGUUUGGGUGACCAAUUCUGAUCUGCUUAGGGUUGGUCGGUGGUAUCUAGACUACCUGUAUGAAACCAAGACUAUAGCAGUAUAUUUACGUAUGGACAAGGGAACAGAAACAGGAAAGAUGGCCACCAUGCACACCUUUCUAAGAAGUCAUCAUGGUGAUCUAGAUGAGACAACAGAUUCCGUUAUUUAUGGACCAUCAACUUCAAACCAGAUUGAAAGAUGGUGGAGAGAACUACAUGAAAGGUUAGAGAAGUUUUUCAAAAUGAACUUGUGUUGGUUGAAGGAUAAUGGUCACUAUGACCCUAAAAGUGAGCAACACAGGAUGCUGCUAGCAUAUAUAAUGAUACCGUUGCUUCAACGUGAAUUGGAUACAUUCAAAGACUGUGUUUGGAAUAGUCAUCGCAUUAGAGCACAGAAGGAUACCGUUCUACCCUCUGGGAUUCCUGACCAUAUACAUAACUUUCCAGAGGAAUACAGCUUGGAACAGUGUGAAUUACCUGUUACAAAUGAACAACUUCGAGAAGUGGCUGAAAUUUCCGGUGUGCUUGAUGUCAGUGAUGACUUCCUAGAACCUGAUUUUAGGAGAAGGUGUGAAAGAAUUUUGCCUGAUAUUCAUGAAAUCGAAGCUAAAGACUUUUGGAGAGCAUAUUUGUAUCUCAAGGAUAAUUUUAAUGCCUGAAAAAU